AUGUCGAAUUAUGGACUACUGGUUGCAUUUGUGAUCUUGACACUAUUUUACCUCUCAUCGGUGUUUGUUUGCAAUUCAAAAAAUGUGAACAAAGCCACUAUGAAGGCUCGGGUUAAGGAGAUGUUUCUCCACGCAUAUAACAACUACAAGGAUAACGCUUUCCCUGCUGAUGAACUAAUGCCGCUUACCUGUAAAGGUCGGUAUCGGUGGACAGGAGUUAACAGAGGUGACAUAGAUGACGCAUUGGGCAAUUUUUCACUAACGAUGCUUGACGGACUCGACAGCCUUUUCUUAAUUGGAGAGUUUGAUGAGUUUGAAGUUGCUGUAAAGGCUGUAGUGAGAACUGUAAGGUUUGAUUCUGACGUUGACGUUUCAGUUUUUGAAACUAAUAUUCGCGUCCUUGGUGGUUUGUUGGGAGCUCAUGUUGCUGUUAUGUCAAUCAAACAAAACAAUGACUCACGAAUGGAUUGGUAUACGGACGAACUUUUACAAAUGGCUGUUGAUAUUGGAAAUCGGCUAUUACCCGCCUUUGAUACACCAACUGGUAUCCCUUACCCUAGAAUUAAUCUUCGUCACGGAUCUUCGGGUUUAACAAAACACGAGGAGAAUACAUGCACUGCUUGCGCAGGUACAAUGAUCCUUGAAUUCGCUGCUUUAAGUCGACUAACUGGAAAUCCAAUUUAUGAAGAAAAAGCUGCCAAAGCAAUGGCAUUCUUAUGGAAACAACGUAAUCGUUUCUCAGAUCUUGUUGGUCGUGUAAUCAAUGUACGCAAUGGAGAUUGGAUUCGUCAAGAAUCUGGUGUCGGUGCAGGCAUUGAUUCAUAUUAUGAAUACUUGUUAAAAGCAUAUAUAUUACUCGGUGAACCAGUAUAUUUACAUCGUUUUCAAACACAUUAUGAAGCAGUUAAUCGAUAUGUUAGUGGUCCACAAUCAGCUGAAUUCCCUUUUUUAUUUUUGGAUGUACAUAUGCAUAGACCAGCACAACGUGCACGUACAUUUAUGGAUGCUUUAUUAGCUUUUUGGCCUGGUAUACAAGUUCUUACAGGUGAUGUAAAACGUGCAGUUGCAUUACAUGAAUUAUUAUAUUUAAUUCAUAAACGUAAUAAACUUUUACCUGAAGCAUUUACACCAGAUUUCAAUGUACAUUGGGGUCAACAUUUACUUCGACCUGAAUUAAUUGAAUCCACUUAUUUAUUAUAUCGUGCUACGGAAGAUCCAUAUUAUUUACAAGUUGGUGAACAAAUUGUUAAUGAUUUAGAAAAGUAUACACGUGUACCAUGUGGUUUUGCAGCAAUUAAGGAUGUACGAACUAUGGAGCAUGUAGAUCAAUUCGAUUCAUUUGUUCUUGCUGAAACAUUUAAAUACUUAUACUUAUUAUUCGCUGAACCAUCAGAUAUUCCAAUCAAAGUAGAUGAUUAUAUAUUUACUACAGAAGCACAUCUUUUACCAUUAAGUUUAUCUCGUCAACGUUAUUCAAUUAAGAAUGUAUUCCAUACUACGAUUCAUAAUGUUUCCUCAGUAUUGAUGAAGACAUCACAAUAUGAUGUUAAUAAUUCAAUCCUACUACAACAACAACAACCAUCAUCGACUUCAGAAAUUGAAUCAUUUUUUAUGAAAUCAAUACCAGAUCAUCAUGGUGAUCGAGAUGUUAAAGUUGAAAAAUUAUUACAUAAAGCAGCUCAAUGUAUUGCUGUAGGAUAUGAACAUAGAAAUCCUAUUAAAUGUAUUUUAGAUACUUCUAUGACAAAGAAUGAUACUACUACUACUAGUAAUGAAAAUAAUGAUAACAAUGAUCUUGUUAAUAAUCAUUUGGAUUCAACAUGUGAUAUAUCAGAAAUGCCUGGUUUCUUUUAUGGUUAUCAUAUGAGAAAAUUACCGAAAUGUAAUGAUUCUGAUAAAAUUUUAUCGAAAUCAUAUGUUUGGAAUAUUAUUGAUGCUAUUCGACAACCAGUACGUCAGAUAGCUAUAAAUCUUGAUCGAUCAAUAAACGACUUCACUGUCGGUGUUCAACAUCAUCCUCAUAAACAUACAAAUGCACCAUCACCGUUACCAUUAAGAGCAAUUGAUUUUCAACCUGACAAUGCAUUACACUUGAAUAUAUUGAAAAGUAUGGGUAUAUCAAUGUCAUUUAAUCAAGAUGGUAGAUUGACUUUAACACAUCAUCAGAAUGCUGCUGAUAGUAUUGACUCAGCGACUGCAGGAGUUAUUUUCAUACAAGAAUUGAUCACUUUAGCAAAUCAGAAACAAAGUUUAGUAGAUCUUCCUGUACAGAAUCGUUAUGUCGUUGUAAUCGAUCCGCCAAGUUAUGGUUUUACUAAAUUUGUUGCCUGCCCUGCACAUUUUGGUCUAUUCCCUGGAGAAGAAUUAAUACAAGGAAAAGGAGAACAACAACAGAAGGAAGCAGGGACCAAGGAUUCGAACACUUUUGAAAGUCAAGCAAAACAACAACAACAAUCGACAUUUUCAUCAUCGUCUUCUGCGAAUCCAAGUGAGCGUCGUUGGAAACCUUUAGUGGGUCCUGUACGUGUUGUUUAUCCAAUGGAUGCAUGUCAACCUAUUAUGGAAGAAGCAUAUGCUUAUCCAUCUGUUGAUCUUCAAUGGAAUCAGAAUUCUACGGAAUCAUUAAAUCCUUCACUCUUUAAUAGCUCAGAAAUUAUGCGGCAAAGUAAAGGAUCUAUUUCAGGUGCUAUCGGUAUUGUACGUCGAGGUGGUUGUGUUUUUGUUGAGAAAGCAUAUCAUUUAGCUCAAGCUGGUGCUAUUGGUGUAAUUAUAGUUGAUAAUAAACCAGAUACAUCAAGUGAAAUUGGUCCAUUAUUUGCAUUAUCUGGUGAUGAUGAUGAAUUGAAUAAAAAAAUUCAUAUACCUAUUGUUUUAUUAUUAAGUAUAGAACGUGAUAAAUUAUUAAAUUUAAUGCGAAUUCAUUGGAAUCAUACAAAUCAACCAAUUCAUGUUAUGUUAACUAAAGAAUAUGAUGUUGCAGAAUCCUUCAACUCAGCAUUAUCAAUGAAUAGAGUGAAUAGUGAGAAAAACCAAUCUGAUACCAUUGAAUUAAUCACUGAUUUAUAUCAACAAUCAAUAUUUCCCAUAAUCAAUAUAUUAUGUUCUAAUAAAAUUACCGAAUCAAUUAGUGUUUCUAUGUUGCAAAAUUCUACAAUGAAUCUCCAUAAUGUUUCUAUGACUAAAAUCAAUGAAGAGAAUACAAUUAAGAAUUUAUGGUUAUUUACAUUUAUAAUGAAUCAGAAUGAAUCAUCGAGUUAUUUUAUACCUACUACUACUACUACUAAUACUACUGAUAAUAAUACUAAUCAAAUUCUUAAAGGAUCACUAAAAGAACUUUCUAUAUGGCGAGAUUUAUUUGUUAUUACAUUAAAACAAAUUGGAAUUAAUCAUGAUUGUUAUCAUUUAAUUUUGGCAUUUAUUCAAAUUGCUUUACAUAAAUUAUCUUCAAUUGAUUCAUUGAAUUAUACUAAUAAAACAAUCAAUAUAUCAAUUGAAUAUUAUCAAUUAAUUAAUGAUUGUUUAAUAGAAACUAUUCAUUUGUGUAAUAAAACAACAACAACACAAGAACAAUCUUAUCAUAAUCCUAUGGAUAAUAACUAUACAUCUAAAACUGUGAUCAUUUUACAAUUGGGCUUUCAAUUCACACCACCACCAUCAUCAUCACCACCACCACCACCACACCCAACAACAACAACAUCAACACAUCAUCACUUAUCUUCGAUUAUUUCACCUACCCCAAUUAAUCCUACUCAUUCUUAUAUAUCUGUUCUUAAUAAGACUGACAGUUCACUAUACGGUGAUAAUAAUAAUAAUGAUGAUGAUGAAUUGUAAGAUAGUAUUAUUUCACUCUUUCUUUUCUGUUUUUCUCUUUUGUUUACAUACAUCUAUCUCAUUGUCUUGUUUUUUUAAAAAAAAAUAAAUUUCUAUCCUCUCUCUCUCUCUUUAUUUGUUUUGUUUUGAUUUUUGUAAAGCAAAUUUGAUUGUUACUACCACCACCCCUACCACCA